ACACAUUGACAGAUAAUUGACAGUCUGGAACGAUAGCACGAUACGCGUUGUUUUAAUAUGUAUGGAAAAUAUCUAAUUCCCUGUUAUUUAUUGAAAAUAAUGCAAAUUUUUAUCGUAAUAUAACACAAAACUCUCCUAAAAGAUCAUUUAACAUAAUAAUGAUACUGUCAUACCAAAUGGUGCGGGUUUGUUGGUAAAAACAACUGUUCAAACCUUAGAAGUAUACGAGGCUUGUGUUGGGAUUUUCAGUGUUUGUUUUGAUCCUAAAAAGGACUAAUCCUGAAAAACAUGGAUGAAGGGGACGAAAUGGCCGGGUUGGACCACCGUUCACCUAAAGGAAAACUUAUUAAGCUGCUCGAGCAGAAAAUAAAGAAACCAGAAAUUGACGAUAGUUUAGGAGAGGUACUGGACCAGUUUUCUCAGCUAAACAACGAUCAAUCUACUUACUUGGAGCACGGCAUUUUUCACAUGAGUUUUGCCGAAGAUGCUCUUCUCCUGCAAAGUUGUGGCCAGUUGUAUGCGAAAAGAGUGGAUAAGCUUUGGGAUGAACUUCUUCAGUUUCACACACGCAUGGUUUCAUAUGAUGGAAGUACAGCGAAAUACUGCACCGACAGCGACAAACGAGAAGCUAGAAACAAGGAAAUUGCUAAACUGGAAGAAAGGCUUAACCGAGGCAAGAGAAAGAAGAUCGUUUUAGCCAGACCUGAAGAAGAGGCAGCUCCAGUAAACGGGCUUGCUCUCUUUGAUAUUGAGCAGGAAUGCGUUGACGAAUUGUUUGACAAUGUUACCUUUCCAUUUCCUGAAGAUGAUCCGGCCUGCGAAGAAGAGCCAGAAACUCCAUUCGAUUUUGACUUUGAGGCUAUUGAUGAGUGGAGAGCAAUUAAUGACAUUGAUGAAGAAGAAAAAAGGCGCUGCUAUUAUUCCACGUUUGUGGCACAUUACUACAGAUUACGAUUUCGAUUUAAACACUUUCCUACUCCAAACUCAAGCGCCAUUAUUUACGAUUGGACCGACCCAGAAGAGUACAAUACGAGAGAAAAAAAGCUUAUUUCGUGUAAUCAUGUUAGACUCAUGUUUUUUGAGAAUGAUCGAUGUUUAUUGCCCGACGAACACUUUAUUGUAGCAAAACUAAGGUGUGCCUACGUUUUGAAGAAGAAAUGGUUCAUAAAAAAUAAGGUGGACCCCACUGCUCCAUAUGAAACAUAUAAAGAAUCAUGGGAGAAAUACCAGCAGGAGUUUUUUGCGGACGAACAACGCAAAAUUCAAAAUAUGCCUCAGCGGACAUCUGCAGAGCUAUUGAGAUUUUACAAAGCCUUGGCACGGAAGGAAGAAUUAGCACGAGAACAAGUGGAGAAAUUAAAGGAGAUGGGAGUGGAAAACUUACCAGGGGUUACUUUUGAUAACGUCAUAGUUGCUCCCACUGCGGAAGGAUACACUGGGAUAUUUAAUUCAUAUACUCCUGAGGAGUUCUUAAAUAACCCAGAUGAGAAGCCACCAGUAAAAGAAGCAAAUGUUUCUGCUAAAGCAAUAGCGCCUGCUGUCUGCGAAGGUGAUCAUGAAGCUGAACUGAGCGAGUUGCUUGAAGACCCUUUGAGUCAGAACGCUGACACUGCCACCGAUAAGCCGAGGUCUGAUUCGGGAUAUUUUGAUGGCACGUUUGGGGAUGAUGAUUCUGACCAUGAAGCAAAUCAUGGAAGCGCAGCUAAUGGUACAGAAACAUCUUUUGAAUUUGAUAACGAAACCAACAAGAAUACAGAAGAAGCAGCAGUACAGGAUUCCAGAGAACCGCCAGAAACUACGAUCUCACAGUCGAAUACAGAAAUCGAAUGUUCUACUAUUGAAACUUCAAAAUUUUCCGACUUAACAAUCGAACUAACGAAUUUAUCGAAAUACGAUAUUGCUCAACUUAGAAAUAUUUCUGUCGAUAGAGCUGCAAUGAACAGGUCAAUAAAAGAGUUUACGAAGCAAGGUUCUUCUGACCCCGACUCACUCUAUCAAGCGUUGGAAAACAGUUACUUUGAACAGACCGACGAUAUGACUUCGAUCGUAUAUGACAAAGCGAACAGUGAUGUAGAUGUACCAUGUCAUGGAGAUUUCAUCAUUUUCUUAGGGUAUUUUGACAAAGAAAAUGAAAUAGAUGCAAUGGAGUUCAAAAAAGCUGAAUUGAAAUCUAGAAAACGAAAAUUGGUGGUAACCGAUGUAGGUGAGCCGUGGCCGAAAAGAAAAACGCUAUCAAAGCAGCAGGUUGAGAAGUUAAAGAGAAGUCGGAUAGUGCCAGUUAACGAGCAAAAAUGGGAAUCCUUCUUUUCUAUAAAUUAUCAGGCAGAGUCUGGUGAAGGUGACAUCAAAAGAGUCGAAUAUGAAUCGGACUCGGAAGAAGAAUCAGAAGACGAAGAUAUUAGUAAUCAUGAGGACCAAGCUUCGUCGGAAUGCGAAACAACUCACACGGAUCUUAAGAUUCAUGUUUCUGACUAUUCUAUCGAAAAUGGAGCUAAAGAAAAUAAUUCAGACCCAGAAAGGCCGGAAUUAAGUCAAGAUUCAGGAGUGGAAGUUAGCAGAAGUUUGAAUACUUCCGUCGAAGACUCCCCAAGUCAGCCAUUAGCUGAAGAAAAUUCUACGUCAAAUCAAGUUACACCUACCAGUGCGACGCCUGGUUGUCCAGAUCUUAGAAACGGUGCAAUAUAUCCUGAUUUAAGGGACGGUACCUGUUCAGAAGAUACUCUUCCUGAUGUAUUUGAAAUUGAAGAGGAACCACGCAAGUUGACUGCCGCCGAAGAAGAAGCUGAAAAGACAAGAGCUCGAGUAGAGGAGUGGUGUACUUAUAUUACCGCUAAGCUGAAAAAGGUCGAGGAAAAGGAUUUUAAUAUUCACGAGUACGGCACAAAAAUUAUUAACAAUAUGGAUAUCAACGAAACUAAACCCUUUGGAAGCUUUGUGAGAGGGAAAUCAUCAGCUGAAGUAGUAAGAUUUUUUACUUCCUCUCUCCAACUGGCCAGUACACUUAAUGUGGAAAUAUGUGGUGCACAAAAAGGAAAAUUGUCCAACGACACUUUCCAGCUGAAAUUAUUAAGCAAGGAACGUUAUCACGAACAUUUACAAAACUAUCAAGCCCCGUCCGAGGAAAAUCUGCCUAAUAAACUGGAAAAAAUCAAGGAAAUUCGCAUGCAGAACAAGAAGAGUCAAAGUUUGAAGCGUAAGGCACCGCAACCAAAAGAGCAGCAGUCGAGUACUCGAAAGAAUAGUAGCAAAACAUCCGUACCGUCCCAAACACCCAAGAAGAGUAAAAUUUUGAAAUACAACAUGCUGAAGGGUUCGGAUCAGGAUUCGGUACCCAUUGGUGCUUCUACAAGUGAAGAAGAUCUCAGGUAUAUGCAACCUUCCACUUCAUCGCAAGCAGACUUGAUGGAUCAGCAGGACGUGUUAGACUCUGCAAUAUUUGAAAUACAUGGUCCGUCUAGAAUCAGUGUGGAUAGUGGUUUCAUGCCAUCGUGCGACGAAGAUUUUCUUGAACAGUUUGAGCAGUUACAACAUAUGAGUGAAAACUGUUCCAGCACGGUUAACACUCCAACAAUAAUCGGUUAACCGAUGAAACCCCUAUCGUCAAAUACAUACAUUAAGAAAAUGACGUAGCUUCUUAAAAAGUGAAAUGUAAAGUAUUGUUUAGUCGACAGUCGAGCCCUAUAUUACGGAUACAUAGAUUCGGUCUUAUAGUGGUGCAUUCAGUUUCAUUUGCAACAAUGGUUAGUGACCGUUAGUCGAUUUUUGGGAACAGUGGUCAAUGUUUUAGUUUUAAAAGCUCUAAGUAUGGGUUUUUAGCAAAUUCUUUAACCAAAACGUACCUACGAAAUAUAUGUAUAGAUGUUUAUUUUUUUAAUCACGUUAGUACAAUUUAUUCUAUAAUGUUGGCUUAAAACCAGAAAAUGAAAAAAAACAAUAUGAUCUUGCUACUGAUAUUGCUGAUAUGGUACAAAUCAUAUCUUUUAUUUGAAAGAAUUAUCCUUAUUAGGGACUCUCAAAUUGCAAUCGAGUUUAUUAACGAAGUAUCGUCUCAAUCGACACAUAUUGUUUUUUCAAUCAAAAAGCUUUUAAAAAUAUAUUUUUAUAUUUGAAUAAGUUUUAGUAUGACCACAGAAAAACGAUUAAUUUAUGUAAAUUUACUUCAUAACGGCAUUAAAUGUGUUAUUGCAUUGCGAGGCUGAUGCAUGCAUCAUAACAAUACGAAUAAUGUUUACAUUAUUCAUAAUAUAAUUAAUAACUUUUACUAUUCCUUUUUGUGGAAAAUACAUUAGUAUUUGCUUUAAGUUAAGGCUCAACCUUUCUGAUUUAUUUUCUUAUUUUUUGCAAUGUUUUUGGUAUUGGAAUUCUACCUAAUGUUUCUUUUCUUAUUUGCUAUAUAUUUAUUAUACAGACAUGUAUUAAAAGGUGUUAAAUAAAACUAUUGGCAUUGUU